AACCUCCCCUAAAUAAAACCAAAAUUAAAAAUAAAAAUACAUUUUAGAAAAAAAUUAAUAAAUAAAUAUUCACUGUAAUAAAAUUUAAUUUUAUUUAUUUGUUUAUUUGAUUUUUUUUUUUUUUUUUUUUGUUUAAUGUUGUAAAAUUUGGAUUCAGAUCGUGAGGACACUGAGAAAAAAAAAAAGCCUUGGCCUCGGGUUUUGGUAUCUCCUACAUUGUCUCGGAUCCGAUCCGAAAUCCAAAAGGCUAACGAAUCUGAGUUUCAGUUUCGGUUUCAGCUCGGAUUUCACAUUUUUGAUUUUCAGUUUUGUUUGGAUCUAUCUGAUUCGAGCUUCACAACCUGCGUUUGUUUGAUUUCGUUUUUCAAAUUCUGGUUUUUGAUCGAAAUUUGUGUGUAUAUAUAUUGCUCGGCAUUGUGAAGAAAGAUUGAUAUUCGGGGUUGAAUUUUGAAGAUGGAUCCUUUUUCUGCGGUUAGCGAAGAGCUAGCGGAGAUUCACGGUGAAAUCUCCGAUAUUUUUCGUGCAUUAUCAAAUGGGUUUCAGAAGUUGGAGAAGGUUAAGGACUCCAAUAGGCAGAGUAGGCAGUUGGAAGAGCUCACCGAAAAGAUGCGCGAGUGUAAGAGGCUUAUCAAAGAGUUUGACAGAAAAGCGAAGGAUUUGGAGAGUAGAAAUGAUCCAGACACUAACAAGAUGCUGAAUGAGAAAAAACAAUCAAUGAUCAAAGAGUUGAAUUCAUAUGUUGCUCUUAAAAAGCAAUAUGCGUCCAAUCUUGAAAACAAGCGAAUUGAUCUCUUUGAUGGGGGCACGGAAGGAUAUGGCGAAGAUAAUGUCUUGCUAGCAUCGACCAUGACAAAUCAACAGCUAGUAGAGAGUGGAAACCGGAUGAUGGACGAGACUGAUCAGGCCAUUGAGAGGUCAAAAAAGACUGUUCAAGACACUGUCAAUGUUGGAACAGAGACUGCAGCAGCACUCAAGGCUCAGACUGAACAAAUGAGUCGGGUUGUUAAUGAGCUGGACUCUAUCCAUUUCUCAAUCAAGAAAGCUUCUCAACUUGUGAAGGAACUUGGUAGGCAGGUUGCAACUGAUAAGUGUAUUAUGGCAUUACUCUUCCUUAUUGUCGUUGGAGUCAUAGCCAUUAUUAUUGUUAAGCUUGUGAACCCAAACAACAAGGACAUCAGGGAUAUUCCAGGAUUAGCCCCACCAGCAAUGACUCGGAAAUUACUUUGGAGUGCUAGUUGAAAAUUUAGAAAAGGAUCAUCUAAUGAGAUUGUGAUGAUGAUUUGUCAUCUUAUUGGAUGGAAUAGCUUAGCUUGUGAUGCUGCUGGUGGCACCUGGUUUAUAGAGCUGGUCUACUUGAGUAUGGAUUUCUUUCUAGUGACUUUUCUGCAGAGUGGUCAAACUUUCCCAAACGAUAGUCUCUCAAACUACUGCUGGGAUUCAUUAGCUUCAAUUGGAAGUGGUCUGUAUGAUUAUUUCUUCCCCGACUGAAAAAUCAUUCCUAUUUGAGGGAAACUAAAAAAUGUGUAGAUUGUUUUGGUUCACACCAUGUAUUUGCUACACUUGUAAGAUAUUUGAUCUGCAUUUCAUAAUUUAUUUAUAUUUUUUUUGGGGAAA